AGCUGCGUGGAGAUCCACCGAUGCACAUUCUAUAAAUUACAAUCCGCAGUAUAAGUAGCAAGUAUUAGUCUCCCAUAUGCAGCAAGAAGGCCUACCUCCACAACCACAAUGCCGCUUUUCAUCGUUUGCAACGACGUCUUCCAAGCGAUAGAAUUGUACCACCACGCUAUACAAGGCAUGGAUCCUCGAUUCACAAGUGGGCCCGUCUGUAUCUCUUGGAGAGAUCCAAUUGGUAGUCCUGGCGCCCUGCACGGCGACCACGUGCAGAAUCCCGUACCCGUCUUCCUAGGCCAGCGGGAAGGUAUGUCUUAGUCGUCAGGCGACGCUCCGUUUCCUAGCGCUGCACCUCCUAUGACCGAGCAACAGCUUCUCGUAGGAGACAGCGGCUGGCCCUGGUGUGGGCCCAACAACGCCGUUGUUGAACAGCCUCAAGAUCCGCUGGAGUCAGACUCUUCGCAGACCGCGACGGACUUCACCUUCCCCGACAUGUCGGACCUAAUCCCUGCCCUUGAAGAGUACGAUGUCGGUAACGACGAGCGCACGGCACCCCGCAACCAUGUGCAGGAGUCAGACUUCGCACCUGCGCUGGACAUGGCGCUGCCAUUUUACGGCUUCGACUUCCCUGCCGAGAUGCACGUGCCCGACGCCGCCCCAGUGGAUGACCACCCAGACAUUGCCAUCCGCGAGGAACACAUACAUGACUGUCUUGCACAGUCUUCUUCCACGCAGCAAUGCGUCAACGUAUCUUCUAGAGCCCCCCGAGGCGCUCAGUCAGUCGCAAGUGCAUAUCAUGCGAUGUUUCACUCACUGACCGGUGAACCCAGGUUUGCUCUCCGCGCGCUCUCGCCGGCGAACUCUCCCGACGCUGGUGUCGCACCCCUCCCCGCACACACCUGCUCCUUCGGUGGUCCCGAGUGCUCGCACAUUCUCGCAGACGUAACGCCGCGCGGCAUCAGAAAACAUCUCGAGGCCGAACACCCAUCGCAGUUGCUUUUCAGCAAGGGGAAGGUCCAGUGUCGAUGGGAUGACUGCGACAAGUGGCUCACGGGGAUGCACAACCUCACGAAGCACAUCGCUGCUGUGCAUCUGAAGAGCAGCCAGGUGUGUUGUCCACAGUGCGGCGCCCCCUGCAGUCGACGAGAUUCGCUCGAUCGGCAUAUGCGGCGUAACUGCCACACAGCCCAGUCGACGGCUGAGAUGCACGCAUGAAAG